CUUUUCUGCUCUCGCGCUGUCCUGCUUUUUUAACCCUGCUUUUUUUAGCGCGCUAUCGCUGAAAAGAGAGACAGGACUAACCUACCGUAGGAAUGCAACUGCUACUUUCUGAUUGGCUAAUUUUUGCAGGGCAGUUGCGCAACAAUUUUGUUGAUCCGUGGCCGUAUCAACUAAACUAAUAAAGAAAGCUACACCCUUUUAAUUAUAUUAUAGUGAGGCUGAUGAUUAAAAUUAUGGAUUUAAUUUAUUUCAUUGAACAUGGCGACUGUUUCGGAUGUUUCAAAAGUCAUCUCAAACAUUUUAGUUCCACUUUCUUUUUCAAUUAAACCCAAACAAUUAGAAGCUGUGGUAAAUAUUUUAAAUGGAGUCGAUACCUUGUGUAUUUUUCCAACGUGUUAUGGUAAAAGUUUAAUCUACCAACUUUUACCAAGUGUGUGUUUGGAGUUAAAUAUAGCACCUUCACCACUUGUUUUAGUCGUUUCUCCUCUUAUUUCUUUAAUCCAAGAUCAAGUUUCAUCUGCAAAUUCGUUAAGUGCGUUAGGAUUAAAGGCUUCCAAACUAGAUUGCGAUGAUUAUGGGGAUAUUAUAUCUGGCAAUUUCAAUAUUUUGAUUGGCACACCUGAAUCUUGGCUUAAUAAUGCCAGGUGGAGACAGUUUCUCUCAUCUAAAUUUGUACUGGACAAUGCUGUUUGCCUUGUUGUGGAUGAAGUACACAAAGUGUCAUGGUAUGGUGUUUUUAUUAUUGGUGCCUCAAAGCUGCAAAGAAAGCAUUUUCAGAAUGCAUGUUUUACUUUACUGUACAUGCAGAUGCAGGCUCAUUUUCUGCCACUCUCUGUAAAAGAUGAAAACGUUUUCCAUUUUUUGAACCAAGUUUUAUUUUAUAGCUUUAUAAUGUUUAUAUAUCCUUAUCUUAGGGGUGCCUCACCAAUGAGCAAUGAGGACAAGCCAUUCAGAGAAGCAUUUGGUAGAAUCAGUGAAAUGCGGUCUAUCUGUCGUCAAGAUUUACCUAUUCUUGCCCUCAGUGCCACUGUGGAUGUUGAUUUGACCCAGCUUGUUAUCGGAAGUUGCGGAUUAUCAAAAAAACUGAGAGUAAUAUCAGUAUGUAGUGACAGACAAAAUAUACGAUUGUGUGUUUUGAAUAUUUCCAGUAGGGAAAAUGUCCAAUGUCUGAAGUGGAUUGUUGACACUUUUUUAUCAGAGGUUUCUGAUACACAUAAAGUAAUAAUUUACUGUCGAUCAGUGACUUUGUGUGGUUUUGUUUACUACCACGUUCGUAAGAUGAUUGAACGAGAAACUUUGGGAAAUGGUAUGAAAUCUACCGACUUAAUUGCCUUAUUUCACUCUGGAACAUUGGAAGCCCAAAAAUCGAAUGUUUUAUCAGCCCUGACAUCAGACACAGGUACUAUUCGGUUGGUAGUUGCAACAAGUUCACUUGGUUGUGGUGUUAACAUGAAGAACGUUAAAUUUGUUGUUCAUUAUGGUCCAGCAUAUGACACUGCUGAUUAUUGCCAACAGGUUGGCCGAGCAGGACGGAACAUUGAAGGACUUUGCCAUGCAAUACUAUAUGUCUUUCCACAGGGCAGAGGAAAUGUAAAUAAUUCUAUGGUAUCCUACAUUCAGAGCCAUGAAAAGAGUUGCUUGAGGACAUCACUGUACACUCCAUUUAAUGAAGACGGAAACAGUGUAAUGCCUUUGUCACCUGGCCAUAACUGUUGUUCAUUUUGUGCAAGGAAAUGUGAGUGUGAUGAAUGUCCGUUGUUUCCCUUUGAAAUUGUAACAGAAGAAAAAGAAUCCAAAUUAUUUGGUAAAAAGAUUAUACGUGAAGUUUCAGAAGAUGAUAAACAACUUGUCAAAGAUAUGCUAGUUGAGUACCAUGAAACUAUAUGUUCCAAACCAAUGUUACUAGUGCCUGGAGAAGUGAUGACUGGGUUAUCAAAGAGUUGUGUAAAUGAAAUUGUUUUGCAUUUACCAUACAUAAAUUCAAUGGAAUAUAUACAAAAUAAUCUCAAUCUGGGUACAGAUACUUCCAAGGAACUUAUGCUAAUACUCAAUGAUGUGUUUCACGAUAUUGAAGUUCCAGAUGUUCACAAAGAAUGUGACGAUAGCAUGGAAAUCGUUGAUAAAACGAAUCUAGAGUGUCCUGAAUUUUCAGAUUUCUCUGAACAUGAGUCAAAUGACAGUGAACUUGACUAUUGA